AUAAUUGUAAUCCGUAUGGUGAUUAUCCUCAGUGAGGAACUGUGUGGGAGGGAUGCAGCCAUCAUUGUUAGUGAUUUUACCCUUUUCGCCAGCUGUACACGUCACAACAUCCUCUCUGGUGCGUUUGGAAAUGCACCAUCGCUGCAUCAUUCCGCUUUCUCUAUAAUAAUUAUAGGGGGCCCCGAGACCAUAAAAGCCUACGUUUCAAUCAUGGUCGACGAUGUUCCACCGAUUAUAAAUAUUGCCAUCGCUCUAAAAAUUCAACCGAAUGAUGGACCGGUGUUUUUCAAGGUGGAUGGGACCAGAUUCGGCCAGAGCAGGACAAUAAAAUUGCUUACAGGAUCGAAGUACAAGGUUGAGGUGGUUAUGAAGCCGGCCAAUGCAGAUGCCACCUCCAUGAACAUCGGAGGUAUCACCAUCCCUCUAGAGCAGCAGUCCAAAGAUGAGGAGUCAGUGGUGUACCAUGGACAGUACGACACAGAGGGAGUGCCUCACACCAAGAGUGGGGACAGGCAACCUGUCCAAGUCAGCAUAGAGUUUGGAAAGGCGGGCCAAUUCGAGACAAUAUGGCAGGUAAAGUACUAUAACUACUACAAGCGAGACCAAUGCCAGUUUGGGAACAAAUUCACCAACAUCGAGUAUGAAUGCAAGCCCAAUGAGACGCGCAGCCUGAUGUGGAUUAACAAAGAGGUGUUCAAUUGAGGAGCACCAAUCAACUCCUCCUUCCAAUGCCCAGUAAAGGAAGAAAAACAAGCAGAGGAGAUGAGUUGCACACAAUAACUAUUUUACCAUCAACUUAAGAGGAAAAAGCCUUACUGUAGGCAUGCGUUUCAAGUCACUGAGCACCAUAAUUGUCUGUUUUAGAGAGAGGGAGGAAGUUAUCUACCAGGCUGAUCUCGGGGGUUGUUCGUAAUUGGUUGUAAUCAAUAAACAUAGUCAGGUUAUUAUCAGCAAUAUCAUUGGGAAUCACAGCUAUACAACAUCCGCUGUGUUGACUCUCAGCUCUGGCCAAACGAGCUGAAGCUGUGGCCCUCCUGGACCAGGAUUGAAGACAGUUGCGGGUGGAAAUGUAUCUAACCUGGCUUAUUACCUGUGAGGUGUGUGUGAUGUGAGUUGUAUGAAUAAAUUGGCAUUAUAUUUGUGUUAUCCUAUGUGUUAGUUCUAGUGUUGUUUAAGCCUUUGAACAUCUGUUUACUUCUGAACAGCACAAUUGUGAUUAGCCUAUAAAGGGACGAGACAGUUUUUUUGUUAAAACUUCUGUAUUAUUUUAUGGAGAUAUUCAUAUUCUAUAGUCUAUUAAGUACUCUUGUUAUGUUGUGUGUCACUAUCAUUGUUUUGUCUCAGUUGUGUCUGUAAAUGCAUGGCUGAAUAAUCCUAUGCCUAAAGGUUUUGCUCUUCAGAUGCAGACUGAUAUCAGAUUGCCUAAACUGUUCAGUUCUGUUAUAAAUGUAAUUGAAAAGUGUGAAAGUAAAUAAACCCAUACCAGUUACUAGCGUA